AUGGUCGUCGACGGUGUGAUUGGUACUGGUUUGGUAGUUGUUAGAAUUGUAGCAUUGGGAACGGACUGGGAUCUGGUUCGAGGAGGGGAAGGUCUGGAUACACGUCUCGACUUGGAAGAAAGGUUGGCGGAUCCUGGAUCACGUGGUGAAGAUUCAGAUGGUGUGGAAGUGGAAGACGAGUCUGAAAGUGAAAAGAGAAGGGGUGUGCCCUCUCUACGAGAGCGUUUACCUUUGUCUGCUGGACUAGGAGUAGGUGGUUCAAGUGGCGUGGCUAAAACUACUACCUUGAUAUACUAUGAGGUUGCCGAUUUUUUCUUAAGCAUUGCUCCAAGAUUCAUCAAACUACCACGCCCAGAGAAAUACCCUAAUUUAACAACUGUUAGAGAUGUUGAUGGUAAUAACAAAGAUCUCAUACUCUAUAUUGAAGGUAUAAUCAUUCGAAUUCAACGCCCAGACCAUGCAGGAGAUGCUUACCAUUCUUGA